AUAAACACAUAUAAAAAUAUAAAUAAUGAGAGAAGUUAUUUCGCUUCAUGUUGGCCAAGCAGGUGUUCAAAUUGGUAAUGCCUGUUGGGAAUUGUAUUGUCAUGAACAUGGAAUCAAUCCUGAUGGUCAUUUUGCUCCUGAUGCCAAUGUUCAAGAUAGAUCGUUUGAAACUUUCUUUUCUGAAACGGAUAAUGGAAGACAUGUUCCUCGUACUGUCAUGGUCGACUUGGAGCCAUCUGUUAUUGAUGAAGUUCGUACAGGCACCUACCGUCAGUUGUUUCAUCCAGAACAAUUGAUCAACGGAAAGGAAGACGCAGCCAAUAACUAUGCCCGUGGCCACUAUACAGUAGGAAAAGAAAUGCUCGACCAUGUCUUGGAUCGUAUUCGCAAGUUGGCCGAUAACUGUUCUGGCCUUCAAGGCUUCCUCGUGUUUCAUUCAUUCGGCGGUGGCACUGGUUCUGGAUUUGGUGCUCUUCUCAUGGAGCGUCUCUCGGUAGAUUAUGGCAAGAAAUCCAAGCUUGAAUUCACAGUCUAUCCAGCACCUCAACUCUCAACCUCUGUGGUUGAGCCCUAUAACUCCAUUCUGACUACGCACACCACACUGGAGCACUCGGAUGUAUCCUUCAUGGUUGACAAUGAAGCCAUUUAUGAUAUCUGUCGUCGCAACCUAGACAUUGAACAACCUACGUAUGCCAAUCUGAACCGAUUGAUUGCUCAAGUCGUUUCUUCUAUUACCGCUUCACUUCGCUUCUCAGGAUCCUUGAAUGUCGAUUUGAAUGAAUUCCAAACCAACUUGGUCCCUUACCCCCGUAUCCACUUCCCUCUGGUCACUUAUGCUCCCAUUAUUUCCUCUGCCAAGGCAUAUCACGAACAACUCUCAGUUCAGGAAAUCACUUCAUCCUGCUUUGAACCUUACAACCAAAUGGUCAAGUGCGAUCCUCGUAACGGCAAGUACAUGGCCUGUUGCUUGCUUUACCGUGGUGAUGUUGUUCCCAAGGAUACCAAUGCUGCUAUUUCAGCCAUCAAGACCAAACGCACUAUCCAGUUCGUCGACUGGUGUCCCACUGGUUUCAAGGUUGGUAUCAAUAACCAGCCACCGACCAUUGUCCCAGGUGGUGAUUUGGCCAAGGUGCAACGUGCUGUCUGUAUGUUGUCUAAUACAACAGCUAUUGCUGAGGCUUGGGCUCGUCUCGAUCACAAGUUUGACUUGAUGUACGCCAAACGCGCCUUCGUUCAUUGGUACGUGGGUGAAGGCAUGGAAGAAGGUGAAUUCUCAGAAGCUCGUGAGGAUUUAGCUGCACUAGAAAAGGAUUAUGAAGAAGUAGGUGCAGAUUCAUUAGGGGAUUCAGAAAUGGAAGACACAGAAGAGUAUUAAAUAUAUAAAGAGAUCUUUUUAUUACUAUUAUUAUGAAUUAUUAAAACUAUAAAAAAAGAGAAUAAUUAAUACAUGAUUAGAAUAAGACAUGAAGGAUAAAGAUCUUCAGCUACACAACAUCACUCGGCACUAGACUACCGCUCGAUACAUUUUCUCUUUGAUCGUAACGGUAGCUCUAAGACGGCUCUUCCUAUUAUUUUGAUGCAUGGUGUUUUCAUCCCUUUUACUUUAUCUCCUUCCUUGUUUUGAAACUUACCAUAUUUAAAAUGUUUACAAGGAGAAA